AUGAAGUUCUGGGACCGGAUAAAGGCUGUGGACUGGAUAGGAAACACUCUCCUGAUCGGGAUGUAUGUUUCUAUGCUCAUGGCAAUCUCAUUUGGCGGCACAACAUUUGCGUGGAGCAGCGCCCAAGAGAUCUCUCUGUUCGUGGUUGGGGGUGUCCUGUUUAGCGCCCCCAGUAUCCAUCCAAUCUGGUCCGACCAACAGAAUCGAAUGUUUCCAGUUCAUUUCCUGAAGAACAGAGGCCUGUUGAUCCCAUUCUUGGUGGCAGCGUCUGCGGGGACGUCGUCCUUUGUGACCAUCUAUUUCAUCCCGCUAUUCUUUCAGUGCGUGCAGGACACCAGUUCUCUCCUGGCAGGUGUACAGUUAUUGCCAUUAAUUGGCUCCCUGGCGGUCUUCACCAUGUUAAACGGCCACCUCAUGGCGCGACUGGGAUACAGCAUGCCAUGGUAUGUCACCGGAUUGGUCCUAGUCAUCGCCACCAACGCCAUGCUCUACCGAAUUGAUCUUUUCACGUCCAACGGAUACCAGCCACACGAUGCUGCAAGAUUUGCUGGCCCAGCAUCCUAA